AUAUUUUUUUGUUAUAUUUGUGUAGGCAAGAGAAGGAGCAUAUAUUGAAGUCCUAUUACGUGUAUUUUCAGGUAUGACUUCUCUAAUAAGGAAUCAUGGAUGGUCCUUGUAGUACUUUGUCACCAAGCUCCUUUAAUAUCUCAUUCUCUCUUGAUGAGUUCAUGGUGUUUGGCAAGUUUCAUGACAAGGUGAAAAUGGCAAAUUCAAGACUGAAAAUCAACACCAUUUGGAUAGCUACAUCUUGGAGCAUUUGGUUUAUGAGAAACGCGAUGAUUUUCGAUAAGAAAAUGGAUUCAACCACUACCGUCAUCGUUGGAAGAGAAUCCAUUUUAGAGCCACCAUACUUCAAUGGUGAAAAUUGCACUGAGUGGAAGGAUCGUAUGAAGAUAUUCAUACAAUCUGUUGAUUUCAAACUUUGGCUAGUGAUAAAGAAUGGAACAAAAAUUGAGAAGUCUGAAGAUGAGUACAAUGAUGAAGACAUGAAGAUGAUGGAACAAGAAGCAAAAGCUAAACAUAUUUUAUUUUGUGCCUUAAACCCUGAAGAUCGUAAAAGAGUUUCAUGUUGCAAUAAAGCAAAGGAAAUGUGGGAUGAGCUUGACAAGUCAAGUGUCAAUUCUACAGCUGUAGUAUCAGAAAUAGAAACAGAUGCAUCAGCAGCAGAACUCAACAACACUCCUAACUUGGAGUUUUUGAAAGAAACAAGUGAUGAUCCAGAGAAAAAGUUUCUCAACCUUUGUGUUCCCAUUUACAAGCAUGCUCUAAAAGGGAACUGGCCAGCAGCCAAGCGAAUGAUAGACAAGGAAAACAAGCUGAAAAAUGCUGCCAUAACCCAAGAGUGGCAUACGCUACUGCAUCUUGCAGUAGGUUCAAAUCAGACUGAAUUUGUGAAGCAGCUAUUGAAAAUAUUAGAUGAUAAUGACAUGGAUUUGCAAGAUAAUUACGGCGACACUGCUUUCGGUUAUGCUGUUUAUGCUGGAAACAUUGAGAUUGUUAAUUUAAUGCUCAAAAGAAAUUUGCAGUUACCAAUAAUAAGGGGUCAAAUGGGAGUUACUCCUAUUCAGUAUGCUGCUUUCAACGGAAAAUACAAAAUGACAUGGCAUUUAUACCAUAAAACUGUACAUUCCUUUGAAGAAAAGGAUUGGAAUUUAUUGUUCUUUAUUUGCCUCCGCUCUGGAAUCUAUGAUAUGGAAAAUCAAGUGUAUUUCCAAUUGGUUAAAUUUCUCUGGACCACGAUUCUUGAUAAAUACUACUAUUCGAAAGCGGAGUUAAGAAAAAUCAGAAAUGAACCUUUCCAACUUAUAUUCUAUGCUGCAAAAGAUGGAAAUUUUGGAUUCUUAUCAGAGCUUAUCAGCGGUUAUCCUGAAUUGAUACGGGAUACGGAUAGCAAAAAUAGAACUAUAUUACACGUAGCUGUUAUGUAUCGCCAUGCUAGUAUCUUCAACAUGGUAAAUCAAAUGGGGUAUGUAAUUAAUGCCAUAAGUUUAUAUGAAGAUGAACAAGGAAACAAUUUAUUGCACUUGGCUGCAAAUUUAGCACCUCAAAGUCAACUUGAAUUGGUUUCUGGAGCAGCUUUUCAAAUGUCCCUCGAGUUAUUAUGGUUUGAGAAAGUAAAGAAGAUAAUGCCGCCAGAACAAAUAGAGAGCAUAAACUCUGAAAACUUCACUGCACAAGAAUUGUUCUCAAAAGAGCAUGAAAAACUAAGGGAAAAGGGAGAGGAGUGGAUGAAAAAAACGGCUGAGUCUUGCAUGCUAAUUUCAACUGUUAUUGCUACUGGAGUUUUCACUGCUGCAACGAGUUUACCAGGAGGAACAAACGAUGACACCGGAAAACCAAAUUAUUUAUCUAAAACAUCUUUUUUGGUGUUUGCAAUAUCAGAUGCAUUGGCACUUGUCUCAUCUUCGACAGCAAUAUUGAUCUUCUUGUCUAUUCUUGUCUCACGUUAUAGAGAGUAUGAUUUUUAUAAAUCAUUGCCUCUAAAGCUAGUAUUUGGAUUGAUCACAUUGUUCAUCUCCAUUGCAAGCAUGAUGGUAGCUUUUAGCAGUGCCUUCUUCAUUAUAUACUAUCAUGGUUUAAAGUGGGUACCUAGUUCCAUUGCAAUACUUUCUUCCCUACCAAUUCUUUUGUACAUAUUUUUGCAUUUUUCACUUUUUUCAGAUAUUAUACAUUCAAGCCUCUAUUGGAGGAAGCUAUCAACGGCCGGUAAAAACAUGAUUUAUGUACUCGAGGAGUAGAGUAUCAUUAUUGUCUGGAAAAUGCUUAGUGUUACAAGCAUCACUACUCUCAUUGUAAUAUGUAUUGAAUUUAUUUCUAGAAGUUGUUCAAGUAAAUUAACAUUGAAAUUGCUCUUUCUUUCUGUAUCAUAUUUGUUUGA